AUGCAUCUGCACCAGGUGCUCACCGGGGCCGUCAACCCGGGCGACAACUGCUACUCGGUGGGCAGCGUCGAGGACACCCCCUUCACGGCGUACGGCUCCGGAUGCGAUAUUGUUAUUUUGGCCGAUGACUUCGAGUGUGUGCAAAUUAUCCCUGGUGCUAAGCAUGGAAACAUCCAAGUCAGCUGUGUGGAGUGCUCCCAGCAGCAAGGAAGGAUUGCAGCCUCUUAUGGAAAUGCUGUGUGUAUCUUUGAGCCCCUGGGUAUCAAUUCCCACAAGAGAAAUUGUCAACUGAAGUGUCAAUGGUUGAAAACGGGGCAGUUUUUCCUCAGUUCUAUGACUUUCAACUUGGCGUGGGACCUCCAAGGUAACCGUCUGUUGACAGCAACAGAUUUCUUGCAGUUAUGGGCCCCUCCAUCUAGCGAUACCCUUGAAGAAGAGGAGGAGGAAGAUCUUGUCAAAGAAGAUAAAAUUCAUCCCGUCCUAAAUGACUGGAAAUGUGUCUGGCAGUGCAAGACGGCCGUGUCUGUACAUCUGAUGGAGUGGUCGCCAGAUGGUGAAUAUUUUGCAACAGCCGGGAAGGAUGAUUGCCUCUUAAAAGUCUGGUAUCCCAUGACUGGCUGGAAGUCAUCUCUCCUCCCCCAAGAGGGAGAAGAGCAAAGGAAGAUCUCUGCCCCAGUUCACUUUGCCUUUGUGUACCUGGCCCAUCCUCGAGCAGUGACGGGAUUUUCAUGGCGAAACACCAGCAAAUUUAUGCCCAGGGGCUCGGUUUGCAAUGUGUUACUUACUUCCUGCCUCGAUGGCAUUUGCCGGCUGUGGGCAGAGACUUUGUUGCCUGAAGAUAGUCUUCUGGGAGAGCAGAUAUGCGAGACAAGCACGUCCAGUAUUAGCACCAGCAGUAGCCUCUCUCGUUCUGGGAGGCACAAAGACAACAUUCAGCAUGCUUUGGAGACCAUUCACCAUUUGAAGAACAUGAGAAAGGGGCAGCGAAGAUCUUCGGUACUCAUCACGCACACUGAAGACUUGGCUGACCAGCUGGGAACGCACGAAGUCCAACGGCACAUUUCUCACCACGCCAACACCCUCUGUCAUUUCCAUAUUGCUGCAAGUGUUAACCCAGCCACAGACAUUCCACCAGCUUUGGUUAAAACAGCUUUCAAGUUAGAUGAAGGAAACGAAGGGUUUGUGGUUCACUGGCUGAAUAAUAAGGAGUUCCAUUUUACGUCCUGCAUCGAAAUAUUUAUGCAACACCUCCGAGAACUUACUGACGAGCAGAUGAAACAAGAAGAGGAGGAUAUGGAAGAUCUAGACGAGCAGGAGGAGAAGGAGAAGGGUUUGCACAUGAAACUUGACCACGAUUUGUCUCUCGACAGAGAAUCUGAGACGGGGACGGGCUCCUCGGAACACGAAGAUGGGGAGAGAGAGGAGAGCCCCAAAAUUCUUUCACCAGCUGCUGCCUUGCCUGUACCGCUUCCCACCGUCUUGCUCGAUCGUAAGAUUGAAAUGCUCCUGAAAGAAUGGAACAAGAAUCCAGACAUGCUAUUCACCAUCCACCCUAUCGAUGGUACCUUUUUAGUGUGGCAUGUGAAAUAUUUGGAUGAAUACAAUCCCGGGAUCUUUAGACAAGUUCAGGUUUCAUUUUCUUCUCAGAUCCCAGUUGCAUUUCCGUCAGGUGAUGCCAGCUCCCUCAGUAAAAAUAUCAUGAUGUACGCCUGUACUACCUCUGCGAAAGAAAUCAGUAGUGCCCUGCAGCAGAAGAGAUCCAGCGUUUCUGAUGACAUGUGUGGACUGAGACCGAGCGGCACCAGGGACGGCUCGAGCGUGAACAUCACCGUUCCCACCGUCAUGAUGGUUUCCAAACACAUAGAUGGCUCCUUAAAUCAGUGGGCGGUUUCCUUUGUGGAUAAAUCUGCUUUUACAACGGUGCAUACUGUCACUCACAAGUUUAGGUACUGUGGGCACCGGUUUCACCUCAACGACCUCGCUUGCCACUCGGUUCUACCCUUGCUGUUAACGUCUUCCCACCAUAACGCUCUGCUCACCCCUGAAUCUGAUCAACUGUGGGACUCGGAUGGGCUAAACAAAAUGGUGGAUCCAAUGAGGCUUCUCAAAGGCUCUUCCAGGCAGCAGCUGAGAAACGCGGCCACUCGGACGUUCCAUGAUCCUAAUGCGAUCUACAGCGAACUGAUCCUUUGGCGUGUAGACCCCAUUGGUCCUUUGUCAUACACCGGAGGUGUGUCGGAGCUGGCUCGUAUUAAUUCUCUUCAUACCUCAGCUUUUUCUAACGUUGCCUGGCUUCCAACACUGAUUCCCAGCUACUGUCUUGGUACCUACUGCAAUUCCGCUAGCGCUUGCUUUGUAGCCUCGGAUGGAAGAAACCUGCGAUUAUACCAAGCUGUGGUGGAUGCCCGGAAACUUCUGGAUGAAUUGAGCGACCCUGGAUCCUCUAAAUUAAUUGGCGAGGUGUUUAAUAUCGUGAGUCAGCAAUCAACCGCUCGACCGGGGUGCAUUAUCGAAUUAGAUGUCAUAACUGACCAGUGUGGGUCAAACACACAGUUGCUUCAUGUCUUCCAAGAGGAUUUCAUUUUGGGGUACAAGCCACAUAAGGAAGAUGUAGAGCACAAAGAAACAGAGAUAUUUUUCCAGCCCUCUAAAGGCUAUCGUCCUCCACCCUUCUCUGAGAAGUUCUACCUAGUAGUAAUCGAAAAAGACGGCAACGGCUGCUCGAUACUUCAUAUGUGGCAUCUUCAUCUUAGAUCUGUGCAAGCGUGCUUAGCCAAAUCUACUGAAGUUAACUCAUCCGAAAACCAGCUAACCAUCCCAGGCCAAAAGACUGUGGACUCAUCCCCCGAGACUUCACCUGGUGCAGCUCCAAUGCCGCGUUCCUCAUCUGUUGCGAACCUUCAGACGGCUAGUAAACUUAUUUUGAGCUCCAGCCUGGUCUACAGUUAUCCACUGAAUCUUCCUGCUGGUGUAGAAGUUAUAAGAGCAACACCUUCUGCAGGGCACCUGAGCUCUUCGUCCAUCUACCCCGUCUGUCUUGCCCCGUAUUUGCUGGUGACUUCUUGUUCUGACAAUAAAGUGCGAUUCUGGAGGUGUUCUGUAGAAACGGCGGUGAGCAGUAAAAACGGAAUAAAGGAGACGUAUCACUGGAAGAAGUGGCCUUUGAUGAACGACGAGAGAGAUGACGACAGCAGCACGGUGUGUAUUGUGGGAAGGCCGGUGGCAGUCAGCUGUUCCUACACAGGGCGCUUGGCCGUGGCAUACAAGCAACCUAUCCAGCAUAACGGGUUUCUUUCCAAAGAGUUUUCUAUGCACGUUUGUAUAUUUGAAUGCGAGUCGACCGGAGGAUCCGAAUGGGUGUUGGAGCAGACGAUUCAUCUGGACGAUUUGGUGAAAGUAGGGAGCGUCCUCGACUCGAGAGUUAGCGUGGACAGUAAUUUAUUUGUGUACAGUAAAUCAGAUGUGUUUUUGAACAAGGACAGGUACCUCAUGCCAAAUAUCAAACACCUGGUCCAUUUGGACUGGGUUUCGAAGGAAGAUGGCUCCCAUAUCCUUACUGUCGGAGUGGGAGCCAACAUUUUCAUGUACGGGCGCCUUUCGGGAAUUGUGACGGAGCAAACCAGCAGCAAGGAUGGUGUGGCCAUCAUUACUUUACCACUAGGUGGUAGCAUAAAACAAGGUAUAAGGUCCAAAUGGGUACUACUGAGAUCAAUUGACCUGGUAUCCUCUGUAGAUGGUACCCCUUCUUUGCCUGUCUCUCUUUCUUGGGUAAGAGAUGGAAUAUUAGUAGUAGGGAUGGACUGUGAAAUGCACGUAUAUGCACAGUGGAAACAUGCCACGAUAUCAGGAGACGGAGGAAACAAUGGCUUUGUGGCCGAGGAAUCGCCCAUGCCAGAUCCAUUGAAAACAAGCCUGCUAGCCAAAAAGGCCAGUAUAAUUGAUGGUGCUGGAAUCAUAGAUGAUGUCUUUGGUACCCCCACUGUGAUUCAAGAUGGCGGCCUUUUUGAAGCCGCCCACGUUCUUUCUCCUACUCUCCCACAGUAUCACCCAACCCAACUGUUAGAACUGAUGGAUUUGGGCAAAGUUCGCCGAGCAAAAGCCAUUCUUUCGCAUUUAGUGAAAUGUAUUGCCGGGGAAGUUGCAAUUGUUAAAGAUCCAGAAGCAGGAGAAGGUGGUCCCAAGCGUCACCUUUCCCGUACCAUUAGCGUAAGCGGCAGCACUGCGAAAGAUGCCAUCACUACUGGAAAAGAUGGAACUCGGGACUACACGGAGAUAGACUCUAUUCCUCCGCUGCCCUUGUAUGCGCUUCUUGCAGCAGACCAAGAUUCCACGUACAAAGCCGAGGAAGUUACCAAGGGUCCGCAAGGCUCGGAAGAUCACGUGAAAAAAAAAACAGAGGACCAGUACUCGGACCUUUUCCAGGUUCAGCAAGUGACGACUGAUGACUUCGUUGACUUUGAGCCAGAAAGGAGAGAACAUAGAUCCAAAGUAAUUAACCUGUCUCAAUACGGGCCAACUUAUUUUGGCCGAGAACAUGCCAGUGUCCUUUCAAGCCAUCUAAUGCACUCAAGUUUGCCAGGACUCACUCGACUGGAACAGAUGUUCUUGGUCGCUUUGGCAGACACCGUGGCCACAACAAGCACUGAACUUGAUGAAAACAGAGAGAAGCAUUACUCAGGGAGAGACACGCUAGACGAAUGUGGUUUGCGGUAUUUGUUAGCGAUGCGUUUACAUACAUGUCUUCUGACAUCGCUCCCACCUCUGUACCGUGUCCAGCUGCUCCAUCAAGGUGUCUCCACAUGCCACUUUGCCUGGGCUUUUCAUUCCGAAGCUGAGGAAGAGCUGAUCAACAUGAUUCCAGCCAUCCAACGAGGAGAUCCGCAGUGGUCUGAGCUCAGAGCCAUGGGCAUAGGCUGGUGGGUCAGAAAUAUUAACACUCUCCGAAGGUGCAUGGAAAAGGUUGCAAAAGCAGCAUUUCAGAGGAACAGCGAUGCGUUGGAUGCGGCGCUCUUUUACCUUGCAAUGAAGAAAAAGGCCGUGGUGUGGGGCCUGUUUCGGUCGCAACACGAUGAAAAGAUGACGAAGUUCUUCAGCCAUAACUUCAGUGAAGAUCGGUGGCGCAAAGCAGCUUUGAAAAAUGCUUUUGCUUUACUGGGGAAACAACGCUUUGAGCAGUCCGCUGCCUUUUUCUUAUUAGCAGGGUCGUUAAAGGAUGCUAUAGAGGUAUGUCUUGAGAAAAUGGAAGACAUCCAGUUAGCGAUGGUCAUUGCCCGUUUGUACGAGUCUGAAUUCGAGAUCUCCUCCACCUAUACGGCCAUCCUUUAUGAAAAGAUUUUGGGCUGUGAGAAAGAUGGAACUGGGUUCAGCUGUUCUAAACUGCAUCCUGAUCCUUUCCUGAGAAGCCUUGCUUACUGGGUAAUGAAAGAGUGCACUCGAGCACUCGACACUUUACUGGAACAGACACCAAAGGAAGAUGAUGAAAAUCCAGUUAUUGUCAAAUCCUGCAAUCCCGUGGUGUUCAGUUUCUACAACUACCUUCGUACCCACCCCUUACUCAUCCGUAGAAAUUUUUGCUCGCCCGAAGGGACUUUAGCCACUUUAGGCUUACAAGCCGAGAAAAUCUUUGUGGAUAAAAUUAAUCUCAUUGAGAGGAAGCUGUUUUUCACUACCGCAAAUGCUCAUUUUAAAGUGGGCUGUCCCGUUUUAGCUCUUGAAGUUCUUUCCAAACUUCCCCAAAUAAGCUGCAGAUCCAUCCUUUCUAUCAAAAAAGAGGAAGUUAGCCCGACCCCUGUUAUGCAGAAUGGUGUGAAAUUGGAGCCAAAAGUUUUGGGGGAAGGGACUGCUGCAAACUGGCCGAUGGCUGAAUCUGUGCCCCUUAUUGACUGGAGUCAGCCAGCGGUAACUUUUGAAGAUGAGCCUUUGAAACUGGACUGGGGUGAAAACAGAAGCAGUUCGCAAGAAGAGGAAGAAGAGGAUGGUUUGCUAAUGAAGGGGUCGAAACUGGAAGCCAAAAGUCAAAAACAAGAUGAGAAAAGCCCAGAUGCCAAUCAAAGUGAGGAUGGCGACAAAGAAGAAACAGAAGUCGAUGUGAUUGCUGAGCAGCUCAAGUUCCGAGCGUGUCUCAAAAUCCUCAUGACUGAACUCAGAACAUUGGCCACCGGUUAUGAAGUCGACGGAGGAAAGCUCCGGUUCCAGCUUUACAACUGGCUGGAAAAAGAAAUUGCAGCUUUACAUGAAAUCUCAAACCACAAAGCACGUAGCAAAGGCUGUGCAGAUGCCCAGAUCAAUGGAGACCUGCUUGAACGGGAAGAAUUUCCGGAUAAGCCAGAGAUUGGCUCGUACGAACGGCAUCAGAUCGAAAGGAGGAGACUGCAAGCAAAACGCGAACAUGCUGAACGGCGGAAGUGGUGGCUGCAGAAGAAUCAGGCACUCCUGAGAGUCUUCCUGAGCUACUGCAGCCUCCAUGGAGCGCAGGGGGGUGGCCUCGCAUCCGUGAGGAUGGAGCUGAAGUUUUUGUUACAAGAAUCGCAGCAGGAAACGACCGUCAAGCAACUUCAGUCCCCGCUUCCGUUACCCACGACCCUGCCAUUACUCUCAGCAAGCAUCGCCUCCACAAAAACAGUCAUAGCCAACCCGGUGCUAUACUUAAACAACCACAUCCAUGACAUUCUUCACACGAUCGUGCAGAUGAAAACCCCUCCGCAUCCCAAUGUUGAAGAUGUCAAGGUACAUACACUUUAUUCGUUAGCGGCUUCACUUUCGGCGUCUAUUUACCAAGCAUUGUGUGACAGCCACAGCUAUAGCAGUCAAUCGGAGACAAAUCAGUUUACAGGAAUGGUUUAUCAAGGACUGUUACUGAGUGACCGCCGCAGAUUGAGAACGGAGAGCAUUGAAGAGCACGCGACACCAAAUUCAUUGCCUGCUCAGUGGCCUGGGGUGAGUUCCCUUAUCAGUCUCUUAAAUACCGCCCAGGACGAGGAUCAACCCAAAUUAAACGUCUUGCUGUGCGAAGCUGUGGUGGCUGUUUACUUAAGCCUGCUGAUCCAUGCUUUGGCGACCAACUCUUGCAACGAAUUGUUCCGGCUCGCAGCUCAUCCCUUGAACAAUCGCAUGUGGGCUGCUGUUUUUGGAGGGGGAGUAAAGCUCGUAGUAAAGCCGAGAAGGCAGUCUGAAAAUAUUCCAGCCCCUCCAGUACCUUCCGAAGAAAUGGACAAGCAUCGCCGUAGGUUCAAUAUGAGGAUGUUGGUGCCAGGAAGACCGGUGAAAGACAACGUUGUCCCCCCACCUGUGCCUGCCGAAAGACCGUCCUACAAAGAAAAAUUCAUUCCUCCAGAGCUCAGCAUGCUAGACUAUUUUGUUGCCAAGCCAUUCCUUCCUUUAUCUGACAGCGGAGUGAUAUAUGAUUCCGAUGAAAGUAUACAUAGCGAAGAUGAGGAUGAUGAUGCCUUCCUCUCUGAUACGCAGAUUCUUGAGCACAAGGACGCCAACUCGUACAGCUGGGCUCUUAUCCAUUUGGCAAUGGUAAAACUAGCGCUGCACAACGUGAAGACCUUUUUCCCCAUUACUGGUUUAGAAAUAUCUGAUCUUCCAGUCAAGUCGCCGCUGGGAAUUUCUGUGAUUAAAACUUUGGAGAACUGGGAGCAGAUCCUACAAGAAACAGUUGACCAGUUCGAAGGUCCACCACCAAAUUACAUCAAUACUUAUUUCCCUGAACUUGGAACAGGCGCGGGAGCAGCUGCUGCUCGAAUAAAAGCCAUGGUUGACCCUGAGAACACACCCUUCAAGUCGAAAGAUUAUUCUGCACUUCCCGCUAAAAGACUGUGGCAUUUCCUAGUGAAACAAGAAUUACUACAGGACAUGUUUAUUCGCUAUACAUUUGCCAAGAAAAGGAAGCAAAGUGAGUCUGUAGAAGACCGUGAGGAGCAGGUCACACAAAACAGCGUAGCAGAAGAUGAAAAAAACAAGGUUGAGGCAGAACUCGGCUACCCAGGGGGAAAAGCAAAAAUUAUACACAAGGAGUCGGAUAUGAUAAUGGCAUUUGCUAUCAAUAAGGCCAACAUAAAUGAAAUAGUUUUAGCUUCUACUCAUGAUGUUCAGGAACUGGACGUGUCAGCGCUGUUGUCUGCUCAGUCGUAUAUAUGGAUUGGGGAAGAAUAUGACCGAGAAUCGAAAAGUUCGGAUGAUGUCGACUUCCGUGGUUCCACCACGACGCUCACUCAGAGCACAGCAUCUUUUGGCAUGGCUCAGAUGCAACCGCCGCCUUCUAUUUCGACUUCAUCCAUGCCAUGGUUAGGCAGUGGGCAGACCAGUACCGGAGCUGGUGUACUCAUCAAGCGAAACUUGAAUAAUGUGAAAAGAAUGGCCUCGCAUCCCGUCCAUCAAUAUUACCUUACGGGAGCCCAGGAUGGGAGUGUGCGGAUGUUCGAAUGGACAAGGCCCCAGCAACUAGUGUGCUUCCGGCAAGCUGGCAACGCGAGAGUUACUCGAAUGUAUUUUAAUUCUCAGGGGAAUAAGUGCGGCGUAGCAGACGGAGAGGGAUUCUUGAGUAUUUGGCAAGUAAACCAAACGGCAACUAAUCCUAAACCUUAUCUGAGUUGGCAGUGCCACAGCAAAACCACAAGUGACUUUGCAUUCAUUACCUCUUCAAGUCUGGUUGCGACAUCUGGGCAGUCCAAUGACAACAGAAACGUGUGUUUGUGGGACACUUUGAUGUCGCCUGUGAAUAACCUCAUACAUGCCUUCGCUUGUCACGAUAACGGUGCUACAGUCCUUCAGUAUGCGCCAAAGCACCAGCUGCUGCUUUCUGGAGGCAGGAAAGGUUACAUCUCCAUCUUUGAUAUCAGACAGAGACAAGUCCUUCAUACCUUCCAAGCGCAUGACUCUGCUAUUAAGGCCCUUUCCCUAGACACGUCGGAAGAAUGUUUUUCUACCGGCUCGGCGGAAGGCAACAUAAAGGUGUGGAGGCUGACAGGCUAUGGUUUAAUCCACUCCUUUAAACACGAGCAUGCCAAGCAGUCUCUCUUCCGAAACCUCAGCGCUGGAGUCAUGCAAAUUGAAAUGGCGCACGGCAAUCGCACCUUCUCCUGUGGAGCGGAUGGCACCCUGAAAAUGCGGGUGCUGCCCAACGCUUUCGGCAUCCCUUCCAGCCUUUGUGACAUGUUGUAGGCUUUGUGCUGCCACCACCCCCAGCUUGAGCAGGUUUUCUUUUUUUUUUAAUAUUCCAGGGGAAACAGCACGAGGCGAGCUGUAGCUAGGGGCUCCAGGAGGGAGGCCCCCGCACUUCGCUUUCAGCGUCGUCACGCAGUGUUUAACGCUAUAGCUGAAAUUGCAAUGAUGAGCCACGUUUUGACUUUAAAAGCAAAAACACAACACUUGUAUUGUUUUGAGCACUGCAUCUGUGGAUUGAUGGGCUGGAAAUGCAUGCACUGUAUCGGAUAGAAGUCCACAUUCAAGUGACCCAAAAGCCUGGUUUAUUAAGCAAGCACUCAAGAAGAUGCUUGCAGAUGUACAGUUGCCGCGAAUCCAUAAAGUUCUCUCUCUCGGGGCGGGGGAGUAAUUCCUGGAUAUUUUUCCAAGUCCUUGACAUCAAUUUCAAGCAUGUCUGCCCCCACCCCUUUUUGUUUCUUUUUCACAUGGAAACAGUUCGCUGUAAUGAAGGGAAUGGGAUGCCAGUAUGAACUUAGUUAUGAUCUGGGGGAUGGGUUCAAUUUCUAGGGACGUGGGGAUAGUCAGACAACAGGACCAAUGUGCAAUGAGGAAUGUACUGUGGGCUAAUGUGUACGCUGCUGAAUGCUGAUACCCUUCUCCUCGUCUUUCCCGCCCCCUCCUCCUAAUUUAGUAUUAAUGCAUAGUUUGUACUGCAAAGUGCACAAAAGCACGUUUCUCAAGAGCGGUGGAGGCGUUUCCUGAAAUUGCACUUUACUUCUGUUUUCUGUUGCUUUGGGGAGAAACUGACAUUACAAAAGAUGCAGGGCUGCUGCCAAAAAUGGCAGUAUCGUGUUGCAAUUCCCCUUUCCUCCUUUCACAACGUUUAGCUCAACUUAGUGUGCCGAUUUAAUUCUGCUGUGCUUUCCUCCACCACUGCCCUGCUCCUUAUCUGGAGACAGACAGCAAAAUGAAGUCGUAAUGCAGGGGUCAGUUCCAUUUGCUGUUGUGUAGGGGAGAGAGGAAUGUGACCCAGGCUGCCAUUUCAGCAGCAGCACUGUGUCUUGUAUAACAUCUACUUUUGCUUUGUGACCUUGUUUCCCCCCCUACUAAUUCCUCCUGCCUUUGCAUUAGGAAUGUAUUGUGAGCAUUAAAUGUUUGCAGUGAACAGAAACCUAUUUCUAGCCCUCUUCUGAAUUUUGAUUUUUUAAAAAAAAAUUAUCCAAGAAAUAACAAAGCUAUAGAAAGAAACUGCAGCUAGACCCAUACAAUGCCACAUUUCAGAUGAAUGUCAGGUUUCCAUGUGGCCAGCUAGUGGAUAAACGUGGUAAUUGGGAUUACCACAGCAUAUUGUAUAAAACUAUGCAGAGGUCAAUAUUGUUUGCUUGUAAUAUACCAGCUACUGUUUGUCAUAUCUAGAUGUAUUUUUCUCUGUUGUAAACAGGAAAACACGUUCUUAUUUAAGAUACUGGAGCUGAUGUCUGUGUAUUUAAAUGUUAACAAACUGUAUUUUUUUCCCUUCUCCAAUGAGAAUUUUGGUGUCUGUGGUGUACUGUUUAAAAAACAAAUACUACUACUAUGACAGGAUAAAAGUGCACCUUUUGUCUAAAGGCAAUUUUAAUUGCAAGAUAUGAAGUAUGUAUAUGAA